UCUCCCGCCGAACAGCAGCGUCUCCGAGGCGGAUGAAGAACCGGAGGAUGGAGCGGAGCGGCACCGGAGAGGCACCGGAGAGAUCCGCGGUCUAUAUAUAGGCUCUGCCCCGGACUGCACCACCAGCAGCCGCCACCUGCCCUCCCCGGUACCGGUCACUACAGCUCCCAGCAUGCUUUGCUGCUCACCUCCACAUGUUCCACACUCGCUUAUUUUAGCCUCACCACCUCCCUGCAGCGAGGAGUUCUGACUGCAGCGCUCCGUCACACACACACACAGACACACACAGACACACACAGAUACACACAGACACACACAACACAGACACACACAGAUACACAACAUAGACACAAUAUAGACACAACACAGACACACACUGAUACACAACAGAGACACACAGAUACACAACACAGACACACACAGAUACACACAGAUGCACACACACACAACACAGACACACACAGAGACGCAACAUAGACACAAUAUAGACACAACACAGACACACACUGAUACACAACGGAGACACAGAUACACACAACACAGACACACACAACACAGACACAACAUAGACACAAUAUAGACACAACACAGACACACAACACAGACACACACAGAUAUACACAACAUAGACACAAUAUAGACACAACACAGACACACACUGACACAGAGACACAACAGAGACACACACACACAAACACACAGACCCACAACACAGACACACACUGACACAGACACACAACAAAGACACACACAGAUACACAGACACACAACACAGACACACACUGACACAGACACACAACAGAGACGCACAUAGAAACACACAACAUAGACACAAUAUAGACACAACACUGACACACACAGACACACAACAGAGACACAACACAGACACACACUGACACACACAGACACACAACACAGACACACACUGACACACACACACACACACACACUCAGAGUGGCUGAAGAUGAAGCGUGGGUCGAGUGUGUUGCCGCCUCCCUCUGAAGCAGCCAAACAACACACACACGACGCUCCCUCACUGAGCGUGCCCGACGCACGCGCUCAGUGCACACCGGACGCCGUGGGUUCGAGUCCUUUCCCAUCAGCCACCUCUCUGUUCAGCCCUGAUGUCAGCACCAAGAUGGCGUCUGACCUCCUCAUCAGGCUGUCAGAGGCCACCCAGAAGGCCCAGAUGCAUCCUGGGAGCCGGGCAGAGGCGGAGCAGCAGGACGAACCGGGCGUGGCGCUGUCUCCGGACGGACCCGGAGCCAGUCCAGAACCACCGUCGCUCACCAACACUCCGGACGGAAACAACCCCACAGACACGCUGGCUUCGGACCUGCUCAGGAAGCUCGCAGAGCGUCAGGACGUCCAUGGCCACGUGGUGAGACUCAAAGAAGAAGAAGAGCCAAUGGAAGUGGACGCCGUCGCCCAGAACCGGCCAAUCACAGAGGAGAACCACCAUCUGUUCGCUGUUAAAACAGAAGACCAAGGUCUCUCCGGGAACAACAUGGCUCCACAGCUGCACUCUGGAGCCAAAAUGGUAGACCAUCGUCUCCAUGGCGGCACCAAGAUGGAGGACCAUGUUCUUACUGGAGCCAAAAUGGUGGACCAUCGUCUUCAUGGUGGCUCCAAGAUAGAGGAUCAUGGGACAUCUGGAGCCAAUGGAGCCAAGAUGGAGUACAACAUUCUGACUGGAGCCAAAAUGGUGGACCGUCAUCUCCAUGGUGGCACCAAGAUGGAGGAACGUGUUCUUACUGGAGCCAAAAUGGUGGAACAACAUCUCCAUGGUGGCUCCAAGAUGGGGAACAGCAGCAUCUCUGGAGGCAGCAAGUUCCAGCUCAGCGUGAAAGUGGAGGAUCAUGGGAUGUCUGGCACCAAGAUGGAGGACCAUGUUCUGACUGGAGCCAAGAUGGAGGACGGUCUCCUCUUCAAGGCCGGGGUUGCAGAGCGAUCUUUCUCUGGAGCCCAGAUGAGCAACGGGUUCGUCUGUGGGGUCAAGAUGGAGGACGAGUUCCCUUCAGGAGCCAAGAUGGAGAACCGGCUGCUACCUGGAGCCAAGAUGGAGGAGCAGCAGCUGUUCUUUGGAGCCAAGAUGGAGGAGCAGUGCCUCAGAGCUGUGCUGUGGCAGGACAUGUCGGUGAACCUGGCGUCCACGCUGCUGCACCAGCUCUCAGAGCGAGUCAGUAAAUCCAGUAAUCAGCUGAUGGACAGGAUGACUCCGCCCACCAGGAACAGUCCUGUGCUGAAGGUGGACCCGCUCUGCUCUUCUCAGUCGAACCUCCAGGACCCUCAUCAGGAAAGUCAAACCAGCAGAGACCAAAGCACAGGAUGCUCUUAUUUCUACAGGUGUCACGUGUGCGGCUUCGAGACGGACGGCCACGCCCUCUUCCAGGGUCACAUGACGGAGCACCGCCAAUGGGAGCGCGGCUCCUUCUCGCUGCACUGCUGCGUGUGCGACCUCUCGACCAAUCAGGAGGCAGAGAUGAGGGCUCACAUCCACACGCACUUUCAGGGUGACACGGGAGACAUCAGAUGCCCCGUUGCCCUCCCUGCCACCUCCAGCAGCGCUCCUGCGGUUGCCAUGGUAACCCAGCCGCAGCAGAGCAGCUCGGAGCAUCGCUGCCGCAUCUGCCAGAGGUCGUUUCCAGGGCAACAGGAGUUGCUGGUUCACUUCCAGGGUCAUCGCCAAGGCAACCAGUACCGGUGCGACCGGUGCGGUCACCUGACCCGGACCGCCAACAAGCUGGUGGAGCACGUGCGCGUGCACACGGGCGAGCGGCCGUUCACGUGCACGCUGUGCCCGUAUAGCGCCAAGCGGAGGGACAGUCUGCGUCUGCACUGCAAGGUCAAGCACGCUGCGCAAGGAGCCGACGUGCACGCCGACGUGCACACGCACCGCUCCUACGUGCACGGAGACAAUCAGCGAGCGAACAAGCAGCUGCAGCGGCUGCACACGCCACCGGGCACGCUCAGUGCAGCCUCCUCUCUGCCUCUUCAUCCCUCACUGACGGAGCGAGCUGGUUGGAGGGAUUUAUCCCCGCUGCUGCCAAUCAGCACGCUGCUCGCUUUGAAGCCACACCCUUCCUCCUCAUCCUCCUCCUCCUCUUCCUCCUCCUCCUCUUCCUCCUCAUCUCUGUCCAACAAACUCUCCUUCCUCGGGUAUCUCGGUCUCACAGCUUCUCUCUAAAUGCUGCUUUCUCCUCCUCUCCUCACUUUGGUUCCUCGUCUCCUCUCCUUAACUCCUUAUUUCCCUUCCUUGCGUCUUCUCCUAAUCUUGUCUCUUUUUAAAGGUUUCCUCUCCUCGCCUCCUUGUUUCCUCUCCUCACCUCCUUGCCUCCUCAUUUCCUCUCUUCACCUCCUUGUUUCCUCUCCGUGUUUCCUCUCUUCGCCUCCUAUUUCCUCUCCUCACUUCCUUGUUUCCUCGCCUUGCCUCCUUGUUUCCUCUCCUUGUCUCCUUGUUUCCUCUCCUUGUUUCCUCUCCUCCUUGUAUCCUCUCCUUGUUUCCUCGCCUCCUUGCUUCCUUAUCUCCUCACCUUACUUCCUUGUCUCCUCCUCACCUCCUUGUCUUCUCACCUCCAUGUCUCCUCUCCUUCUCCUCGUUUCCAUUCCUUGCCUCCUUGUCUCUUCCAUGUCUCCUCUCUUUGCCUCCUUGUUUCCUCUCUUUAUCUCCUUCUUUCCUCUCCUUGCCUCCUUGUCUCUCCUCCUUGUCUCCUCUCCUCCUUGUUUCCUCUCCUCUCCUCCUCCUCUCCUUACCUCCUCCUCGUCUCCUCGGUCCAUCCCCUGGUGGACAUGAAUCUCUGUACUGUAUUGAGUCCUUCAGCUCUCACUAUGAGAGUCAAACAGCUCCUGUUCCGCUCAGCGACUGAAAAACACUCAGAUAAGGAACGUUUUGAAUUUCGAUUUUUGCAUCAUGCUCGUGAUUUUUGCUGCAUUCCUGCCUGCUUUAGCGUCAUAUAGUCACUGAACUCUGAGCUAUUUAACCGUGUGACAUAUUUAUUGCCUGUUUCUUCUGAUCCUCCAGAAACCUGCAGCUUCAAAGUCCCGUUUUAAGACGACAUGAAGAUCAGAAAUAAUUUCAGAAACUAAAGAGACAGAAGCUGAAAACAAACAUCUGCCAGUCGUGGUGAAAGAGUUUCAAACAUUUCAUGCAAGAAAACGUUUAAAAUCACGAGUAUAGCGUGUUAGUAUGCUAAUAUUCUAACAUUUAUCAGCACUAAACCCACAGAACAGCUGACAAUAAUGGCAGUGUUAUUACCGUAGCAUGUUCCCACACUAACAUUUGUCAGCUAGCUCUAAACACAGAGUAAAGCCAAGGCUAAUGAGAAUGUCAUUAGUUUAGCGUGUUAGCAUGCUAACAUUUGUAAGCUAGCUCUAAACACAGCGUAAAGCUUAGGCUGAUGAGAAUAUCAUUAGCUUAGCAUGUUAGCACACUAACAUUUCAUAAUUAGAACCAAACACAAAGUGUAAUUGAGACUAUUAAGAAUGUUAUCAUUUUAUUGUCUUAGCAUGCAAAUACUUGCUAAUUAGCACUAAAUAGAAAGUACAGCUGGUGAUGAUGUCAUUAGUUUUGCGGAUAUUCAGUCGUAAAAAAAAAAGAACGACUUUAAAGUUUGACAUAAUGAUGGUGCUUUAUGCUAAUGUUUCUGUCGAUCCAGUUAAUGAUAAAUAUAUAUGCUGUCCGUCCAAAAACAAGUCUCCACUUGGAUUUAACGAAGCUAAUAGGUAAGAUCCUUCCAUUGGAUAAUUACUAACUCUUAGAUGAUCAUAGGAAACCAACAGUAGAACUCACGGCUGUUUAAUAGUGAAAGUAAGAACAUUUCCACAUAAAGGGAACUCAAAGGAUCGGGACUAAACAGCUGUAGCUUUAAUAAAACCACUGAUCAGUGAAGCUAAUCAGAAAAAAAAACUUCAGUUUUCUAGGUAACAUAAAGAUUGGACUCUGGAUCAGUGGAAGAAGGUCAUGUGGUCUUAUGAGUCCAGAUUUACCCUGUUCCAGAGGGAUGGGGGCAGUAGUUUAGGUCUGGUUUUGGUCCUGAUUUAAGACCUUUUUAGGACUGGUUUCAGACUGGAUUCUGACUGGUUCUGAACAUUUUUUUUGGACUGGUUUAGAUUUGAUUUUGGUUUUAGACCUUUUAAGGACUGGUUUAGGACUGGUUUUACAAUGUCUUGGACUUUUUCAGGAGUAGUUUAGGUUUGAUUUUGGUCCUGGUUUAAGACUUUUAGAGGACUGGUUUCAGACUGUCUUAGGCAGGUCUUGGACAUUUUUUAAUCCCAAAAACACCAAACCUACCACCAGGCAUGGAGGUGGCAGUAUCAUGCUCUGGAACUGGAGCUUUACACAAAGUAAAUGGAAUAAUGAAGAAGGAGGAUCACCUCCACGUUCUUCAGGAAAACCUAAAGCCAUCAGCAGAAGGUUGAUCUUGGGCACAGUUGGAUGUUUCAACAAGACAAUGAGUCCAAACACACAUCAGACGUGGUAAAGAAAUGGUUCCAUCAGGCUGGAAGGUUCUAGACUGGUCUCACCCAAGUCCUGACACCCAAGUCCUGACUUAGACCCAUCAAAAACCUGAAGAACCAAGCCAAAAAGAUCACAAAUGUGGUGGAACGGCACCAGAAUUUGUCGUCUUUCUGACUUGGUUGAGUCAGUUAAAUUGAUAGUGUAAUGAUACCGCCACCUCCAUGCCUGACGGUAGGCAUUUAUUUUCCAUCACAUUGAAUUAUUUUAGUCCUAAAGGAGCAUCAUUAUUUUCUUCUUGAAGGACUUUGAAGCGUACAAGGUUUCUGGAGGACAGUGAUGAUAUUUCUAAUAUUUGUGUUGUAUAUUUAUGAUGUAUUUGUGUUUACAUAACUACACGCGGCUCCUGCGAGUCUAAAACGUCUUAAUUUAAAGUUGCACUAUAUGUAGUUUUGCUGAGACAAAAGAGAAAAGAAGAAUCAAUUUAGAACACUUACGCCUUUUUUUAUGAAACCACAGCUGUUGAUUUGUUUUGUAAGGAAACGUCGGCGCGUCAGCCAAACAUUUUCUCUGGAGCAGCAGGUUAGCUGCUCAACCAAGUGUCAAACUUUUGUUUUUGAACUUAUGCAGUCAGGAAAAAAGAGAUUGUGCUCGCGAAUGACUAGUUUAUGCUCUGAGCUUAACGUCCUGUUGUACAUUUUUCCUUCUGGCUCCCUGCAGAGGACACAUUGUACUGGAAGAGUUUUAUUUAACAAUCAAAAUUCACACAAGAAACAAGACAAAAACAGUCAGAUGUGUUGCAUUUAAAGAGAGACUCAACACCUGCAUGUGUUUUUAGUAUGUUAGCAUGCUAACAGUUGCUAAUCAGCCCUAUUCAAAAUGUAUAGCCGAAGCUAAUAGGAAUGUUAUUACUUUCGUGUGUUAGCAUGCUAACAUUUGCUAAUUAGCAUUAAACACAACAUACAGCUGAGGUUGGUGGGAAUGAUAUUAGCUUAGUGUGUUAGCAUCCUAACGUGCUAAUCAGCCCGAUUCAAAAUGUAUAGCCAAAGCUAAUAGGAAUGUCAUUUCCAUGUCAGCAUGCUAACACAUGCUAAUUAGCAUUAAACACCACGUACAGCUGUGGUUUCUGGGAUUGUUUUUAGUUUAGCAUGUUGUCAUACUAACAUUUGCUAAUCACCCCUAAUGAAAAUGUACAGCCAAGGCUAAAAAGAAUGUUAUUAGUUUUCCAUGGUAACAUGCUAACACGUGCUCAUUGGCACUAAACACAACAUAUAGCUGAGGUUGGUGGGAAUGUUAUUAGCUUAGUAUAUUAGCAUGAUAAAAUUUGUUGAUUAGCUCUAAGCGCAACAUACAGCUGAGGCUGAUAGGAACAUUAUUAGUUUAGCAUGUUAACAUGCUAACAUUUGCUAAUUAGCACUAAACACCUUGUACAGGUCAGGCUAAUGGGAAUGUUAUUAUUUUAGUGUGUCAGCAUGCUAACAUUUGCUAAGUAGCAUUAAACACAAUAUACAGCUGUGGUUUGUGGGAAUGUUUUUAGUUUAGUGUGUUAACAUGCUAACAUUUGUGAAUUACCUCUAAGUGCAACAUACAGCUGAGGCUGAUGGGAAUGUUAUUAGCUUAGUAUGUUAGCAUACUAACACUUGCUAAUCAGCCCUAAUCAAAAUGUAUAGCCAAGGCUAAUAAGAAUGUUAUUAAUUUUACAUGUUAGCAUGCUAACACAUGCUAAUUAGCAUUAAACACAAGUUGCAGCUGUGGUUUGUUGGAAUGUUUUAGCUUAGCAUGUUAGCAUACUAAAAUUUGCUAAUUAGCACAUCAUAAAGCUGAGGCUGAUGGGAAUGUUAUUAAUUUAGUAUGUUAACAUGCUAACAUUUGCUAAUUAGCGCUGAACACGACGUACAGAUGAGCUGAUGAUUGAAGCUGAAAUCUCCAGUAAUAAUUUGUGAUGUCACACUGGAGAACAUCUGUACUGGAACAGCUGGAUUUUCCAGAGGUGUCGAGUCGCUCUUUAAAAGUGGUGAACUUUUAGUUUCGGUGAGCGCUGCAUUACCUCUGCUGCACAGAAAAACACCCAACAGUGGGGCUCCCUGGAACACCAGCAGAAACACUCAUCACUCAUUCCAUCCAAAGACGUCAUAUUUUAAGGUUUUUAAAUAAUUUUUAUUUUUUUACUCUCAUCCAGCUUGAUUUGAACUGUGAUGUAUUUACAGCAUGUUAUUGGUCUAAAACACCAACUCCACUGCAAACAUUUAGCUCUAAAGCCAGAAUACAGUUUAACGUUUGAUCAAAUCUUUUCUAGUUUUCUGUUGUUGUGGCUUGCUGCUCGUGUUGCAUAUUUAUGAGAUAUAAUCUGACUACUUCUAAAACUUCUUUCUCCUUGUGUUUGCUGCACAGCUUAGCGCCUGAGCAUGUGCAGUAGAGGUAAUGUGAUAAUCAGCAUCCUGCAUAGGGCUCCUUUAAGCUGCACUCGUGUUGUUGUUUUAGUAUAAAUGCGUCUCCAAUCAACGGUGCUAGACUCGGCAGAGCCUGAGAGCUGCCUGCACGACUCAUUUAACACUUUACUUUCACACAAAGAAGCAUGAAAGACUAAAAACCUCCUGCUCAUCUCUCUUUACUUUCAGUUCCACUUCUUCUCUGCUGUAUCCUGUUACUGUUUGCUGCUGCAAUGAUCAAUAAAGUUUAAUUUUAUCUGACUCA